AUGUCUACGCAAACGUUUAGAUCUAGAAAAACUUCCUCCCCAUCUCGUUAUACAUCACAAAGUAAUAACAGUUCUCAUGAGGUUGGUUCUUCUUUAGCUCGUCAAAGAAUCUCAAAGAAGGAUGAGGCUAUCCGUAAAAAACUUGAAAUAGAACUCACAAAAAAAGGUAACGGACGUAAAGCGGCACCGAAACCACCACAGAAAACAACAAAUGGCACUGUAACUUCCUUAAAACCAUCCCAAGCACUUACUGUUAGAGAGAGUACUUUGGUAGUUGAAGCAUCACAGCUUAUGGCUGCCAAGCGUGCAGACAGUGUGCUUGUUAUUGAUGACGAAGAACAUUUAUCUGGUAUUUUUACAGCUAAAGAUUUGGCUUUCAGAGUAGUAGGCGAUGGGCUAGACGCAAGAACCACAACUGUGUCAGCAAUAAUGACAAGGAAUCCGAUGUGUGUAAAAAGUGAUACAUCAGCAACCGAUGCUCUAAAUACAAUGGUUGCUCGUGGUUUUAGACAUCUCCCCGUGUGUAACGAAGAUGGUGAUGUUGUUGGUUUACUAGAUAUAACAAGAUGUUUAUACGAAGCAUUAGAUAAGAUGGAACGUGCCUACGGAUCAUCCAAAAAACUCUAUGAUGCUCUUGAGGGAGUUGAACGUGAAUGGUCAAAUCAACCCACACAAUUCCACCAAUAUUUGAGCAUGUUACGGGAUAAAACGGCAUGUCCAACUUUAACAACAAUUUUAGACGGAUCAAGACCGGCUGAAGUUGGGGUUAAGACAUCUGUAAGAGAUGCUGCUCGCUUAAUGAGGGAACAUCAUACAACUGCAGUAUUGGUAAUGGAACGUAACAUGAUUGCCGGUAUCUUCACGAGUAAAGACAUUGUGUUGAGAGUAAUUGCAGCUGGUCUAGAUCCUUCAACUUGUAGUGUUGUUAGAGUUAUGACACCACAUCCUGAUACUGCUCCUUCUCAUACAAGUAUACUAGAUGCUUUGAAAAAGAUGUAUGAUGGACAUUACCUUAAUCUACCAGUUGUUGACGGUGACAACAUUUUAGGAAUGGUUGAUGUUCUUAAGUUAACAUAUGCCACCAUGGAACAGAUGUAUGCUAUGCAACAUCAAGAAAAUGGGCAAGAAACCGGAGGACCUAUGUGGAAUAAAUUUUGGAAUUCCUUUGCUAAUGAAUGUGACAAUGAUUCUGAUUCGAUAGCACCAUCACAAAGUGCUUCUAAUGUUCCACCUUCUUCAUCACAAUCACGUAUGCGAGGUUCUGGUAAUAUCUCACCAAUUCCCGAAAUUCACCCUAGUGAGUCCGCUUCAGCUAUUGAUGAUGGUUCCCUAGCUUCCUUCCCUCGAGGACAUGACGAAAAUCAUUUUACUUUCAAAUUUAAAGCCCCAAAUGGAAAAUCACAUCGUUUUACUACUGAUUAUACAAAUUUUGACAAUAUUCAUGAUUCAAUAAUGGGAAAACUCCCUAAUACUAUUAAAGAUUUCUCAAUUUCUUAUGUCGAUGACGAAGAAGAUCUUGUUGCAAUGUCAACUGAUGACGAUGUUUAUGAUGCAGUGCAAAUCGCCAAGCGACAAGGUGCAACACGGCCUAGACGCACUCGAAGGCAUAAUAAACAUGGAGAAUACCUCCCUAUUCCACAGGAUUUGUUAUUACCCGGUGCCCUUCUAACACUUGCUAUUGCAAUUGUAGGUGUAUUUGUAAUAUCAAAAUCAUCAUCACCACGAUAA